AGAGCCAUUUGGGCUCAGACGUGGGUGCCGAAAAACAAAUAGGGACUAGGACAGGAUGCAUGUACAGCGCGGCAUCCGCCUCACGGCGCUCAGAAUGCAUGCUCACGCUCGCUUUUCGAGCACAUCCAUUGACUGGCCGCGGCCGGGCCGCGUGGGGAUGAUCGGCCUGGGCCAGCUGGGCCAAGCAGUUGUUGGAAACUUGCUGCGAGCUGGGCUGGCUCCUGUCAUCUACGACGUGAAGGGAGAAUCGAGUGCCAGCAAACUUCUGGAUCAGGGAGCUGUGUGGGCAUCCUCUGGAAAGGCCCUGGCAGAGAAGUGCGAUGUGGUGCUGACUGGCCUGCCAAGACCGACCGAUGUGUCGGCGGCCAUGGGCUUGACCGCCAGCGGCGUCGGCCCGGACGGCAUUCUUGCCGGGCUUCAGCCGGGCACGGUUUGGAUCGAGCAUUCCACCACAGACUUUGAGAAUACCAACAAGAUCCGGGCUGAGGUCGAGAAAAGAGGCUGCAAGGCGGUGGCCGCCCCGGUGACGGGGGGCAUGCAGAUUUUGAAGGUUGGGAAGAUGGUGGCGCUGGUGGGCGCCGACGAGGAGACCUUCCAACAGGUGAAGCCUUUGAUCUCCCUCUCCGCACCGCGCAUCAUCCGAUGCGGCGAGUUUGGCCACGAGACUGUGGUGAAGAUCUUAACGAAUAUGCUUUGCGCGGUGCAAGACUGUGCCAUGGGCGAGGUGAUGAUGAUUGCCAAGAAGAGUGGGGUGGACAUGAAGCUGCUUUUUGACGCCAUGCGCAUUAGUUCGGGGAACUCCUUUUGCUGGGAGACGGAGUUUGCGCGGGUCAUGGAUGGGACGUACUACCCUGACUUCACCUCCGAGAUGAUGGCCAAGGAUAUUGAGCUGGGGCAAUCCCUGGCCCGCAAGCACGGGGUUCCCAUGUUGAUGCAUGGCCAGGUGGCACAAAUCUAUGACCUGUGCAUGGCAAAAUAUGGUAAGGAUUCUGGCUCAACUAUCCCAGUGAAGCUGGUGGAAGAUGCCUGUCACACCUCCCUGGCAGACGAAGCCACGAGCAAGAAGUUCAAAGAUUGGACGUACACUACGGAGAUCGCAGAUGGCAGCUAUGUCAUUGUGCACAAGAACAUCGACAACCCUCACAGCGAAAUCAGCAAGAAGAUAUCUUGAUAGCUUUGAGGGCUUCUUUUUGCAGAUGGCGUGGAGCAUCGCACGACUAAGGGCAACUGCUAAGCAGUCGAAGGAUUUUGCACCGCCAGUGCCUGCUCAGGUCUGCGCCCACAGUGGCGAGCGAAAAGCUGGCGU